AUGGGAAGAAGAGAUAACGAGACCACAGUGACAGAAUUCAUCCUGCUGGGCCUCUCCAGCAACCCACGCAUAAAGAUUGCUCUCUUUGGCCUCUUUCUCAUUGUUUACCUCAUCACUGUGUUGGGCAAUGGUCUACUCGUACUGCUUGCCAUGGUGGAUCCCCGGCUUCACACUCCCAUGUACUUUUUCCUUGGCAACUUGUCUGUCCUUGACAUUUGCUAUACAACCAGCAGCAUCCCCCAGAUGUUGACUCACUGUCUUUCUGCCAAGUCCACCAUCUCCUACGCAAGGUGUUUUGCCCAAAUGUACAUCUCACUUUUCUUGGGGAUGACAGAGUGCCUUCUACUGGCAAUGAUGUCCUAUGACCGUUGGGUGGCUGUCUGCAACCCACUGCGCUACACACUCAUCAUGAGCAAGAAGGUCUGCAUUGCUAUGGCAAGCUUUUCAUGGGGCAGCUCUCUCCUCCUGGUCAUGAUCCCUUCCCUCACCUCACAAAAAUCCCUGUGUGGGCACAACAUCCUUGAUCACUUUGCAUGUGAAGUACAAGUCAUGCUUAAAUUGUUCUGCUCGUAUACUCGCAUCAACCAAAUUGUCAUGUUUGCCACCAGCAUCCUUACCCUGCUUCUGCCCUUUGGCUUCAUCCUCAUCACGUAUGCCCGCAUUAUUGCUGCUGUGCUGAAAAUGCAUUCUGCUGAGAACAGGAGCAAAGUCUUCUCCACCUGUAGUUCCCACCUCAUGGUGGUGGCCAUAUUCUAUGGGACAGCCAUGUCCAUGUACCUGCAGCCUCAGACCAAGGCCUCCUCAAAUCAUGACAAGUUUGUUGCUGUAUUCUAUGGUACCAUCACUCCAAUGCUGAAUCCCCUGAUUUACAGCCUAAGGAACAAGGAUGUGAAGCAUGCCUUUUGGAAAUUGGCUUGGAAAAAGAGGUACCUCUGA